CAGAGCGAGUGUAGCCUCCGCCAGCUCCGGCGGGCAGCGGGCGCUGGAGCUCAGCGCGGCUCAGCGCAGCCCAUCGCAGCCCAUCGGCCCCGCAGAGUGGACUGAGCUAGAAGCGGAGCGCUGUUGCCAGAGGGGAGCGAUGAGGGCAGGUGCUGCCUGCUGCGCCAUGGACCGAUCGCUCCUGCUGUUGCUGCUGCUUCUAGGGGUAAGUGCUGGCUUGUGCCAAGGGGUCAAAGAGACAUGUUCCACAGGCUUGUACACCCAUAGCGGAGAAUGCUGCAAGGCCUGCAACUUGGGUGAAGGUGUAGCCCAGCCUUGUGGAGCCAACCAGACCGUGUGUGAACCCUGCCUGGACAGUGUGACAUUCUCUGAUGUGGUGAGCGCCACUGAACCCUGCAAGCCGUGCACUGAGUGCCUGGGCCUGCAGAGCAUGUCGGCUCCCUGUGUCGAGGCAGAUGACGCAGUGUGCCGAUGUGCCUAUGGCUACUACCAGGAUGAGGAGACUGGCCGCUGCGAGGCAUGCAGCGUGUGCGAGGUGGGCUCAGGACUCGUGUUCUCCUGCCAGGAUAAGCAGAACACCGUGUGUGAAGAGUGCCCAGAGGGCACAUACUCAGACGAAGCCAACCAUGUGGACCCGUGCCUGCCCUGCACGGUGUGCGAGGACACUGAGCGCCUGUUACGGGAGUGCUCGCCCUGGGCUGACGCGGAGUGCGAAGAGAUCCCUGACCGAUGGAUCACAAGGUCUACACCCCCAGAGGGAUCUGACAGCACGGCCCCCAGCACCCAGGAGCCAGGGGCACCUCCAGAUCAAGACCUCAUAGCCAGCACAGUGGCAGAUAUGGUGACCACUGUGAUGGGCAGCUCCCAGCCUGUAGUGACCCGAGGCACCACUGACAACCUCAUUCCUGUCUAUUGCUCCAUCUUGGCUGCUGUGGUUGUGGGCCUUGUGGCCUAUAUUGCUUUCAAGAGGUGGAACAGCUGCAAGCAAAACAAACAAGGGGCCAACAGCCGACCAGUGAACCAGACGCCCCCACCCGAGGGAGAGAAACUCCACAGCGACAGCGGCAUCUCUGUGGACAGCCAGAGCCUGCACGACCAGCAGACCCACACACAGACUGCCUCAGGCCAGGCCCUCAAGGGUGAUGGCAACCUCUACAGUAGCCUGCCACUGACCAAGCGCGAGGAGGUGGAGAAGCUGCUCAAAGGUUCCUCAGGGGACACCUGGCGACAUCUGGCAGGCGAGCUGGGCUACCAGCCUGAGCAUAUAGACUCCUUCACCCAUGAGACCUGCCCAGUCCGAGCCCUGAUGGCCAGCUGGGGUGCCCAGGACAGCGCAACACUCGAUGCCCUUUUAGCCGCCCUGCGCCGCAUCCAGAGAGCUGAUAUUGUGGAUAGCCUGUGCAGCGAGUCCACCGCCACGUCCCCAGUGUGAGCUCGCACGCCGGAAGCCCCUGUCCUGCCCCAUAUUCCAACAAGUGAUGCUCUAGCCAGCCCCCACAGAGAUGUCCCCUCUUCCCCGGGGUGGCCUGACAGUCAGAGCCGGGCUCCAAGGCCCUGCUCCCCAAACCAUAGCCCUGUGGCUGUCCCUGAGGGAGCCCUUGCUUCUGAUUACACUUUCUCUCCAUUGAGAGAUAGGACCACCCCAAGCCUUUCCUGCCCCGUUACCAUCUCAGGCCUUUCCACCCUUUCCCACACCUUAGCUGUGUCAGAUCUGGGGGGUUGACACCAGAGAUGGUGACAGAGGCACCCCAGGGACUCAGGUGGCACUGAAGAACCAGGGCCAAGGACUCCACACUGUGAACUGGAGAACAGGGAGCAUGGUGGUAGGCUAGACCUUCCCUAGCCUCUCUCUCCUCCACUCUGGCCAAAGAUGAAGAGGAUUAUAGGCCCAGCUGAGCUGAAAGCAGGUCUGAAAGCCAGUCCACACUCCCCUCUUACACACAGGAUAGAGAGGCCGGGACUGGUCCAGGCCACCCAGCAGUAGAGAGACCAAAUGUAGGCUGACAUCCUCCUCUCUGAAUGAGGGCAUCAGGUGUGCUUGAUGGCAGGGAUGGAGUGACUUUCAGGGGCAUGUCUGGAAGCCAAGACUGCCCCACCCUCUACCACUUCCAGACCCCCUACCCAACCCUUCUGCAGACAAACUGCUUGUUUGUCCAAGACCUGGUCCAUUGGCCCCAUCCUGAUGGAGUCAGGCUAGGGGUUUGGGGAGUAGGGUGUUGCCUUCCUCUAUGUCUAUCAGGGUUACCCACAUGGCAUUUGCAGAGUGGUGAGUCUGUUAAUGUCCUCAUUCUUGGCAUAGGCCUGGAGCCAUCAUUAGCCCCUAGAAUCAGCCCUAGGGGUCAGGGACCAAGGACUCCCAUCCCACAAUCCCAAUACCACACACACACACACACACACACACACACACACACACACACAC